AUGGCAAGGUACCAAGCAAACAAGUUGGAGCGCUGGGCCUUGUUGCUUUCCUCGUUCUCCCACACCAUCGAGUGCCUGCCCGGCGAAGACAAUGCAUGGGGCGACCUGCUAAGCCGCUGGGGCGCCCUCCAAGCCCAACCCGACUUCGACUGGACCAGCCCUGUCAGCAUCGUCAAGACCCAACAAGUGACCGUGAAGAGGGGAGAGAAUGAAUUCAAGAACCUGUUCCUCGACAAGGAAAACCGCAUCUCGAUCCCACCAAGUGCCACGGACCUCCAGCAGCGGGUCUGCAUCAUAGCCCACCAAGGCACUGCAGGCCAUCGACGAAUCGAAGCCACGACCAAGCCGUCCGCGAUCCUCAGCGUCGAUAGCUCAGUGGUCUCACACCCGCUUGGAUCGGCGCUCCAUGCCGAGAAGCCCCAAGAGCUAAUCUACGUCGACUGGCUCUCAUCGGGCUCGGGCUCGUGCGACUUUGGACCAGCCAGACAAGCGACCGCCUACGGCCUUCUCCACAGGUUCACGACCUUUGGGUAUGUCCAUACCUGGGUCUCCGACAGCGGCUACGAUUUCAAGAACGAAGUCAUCGAUAAGAUCCACAAGGCCACCGGCUCCAACCACCACAUCACGGCCAUCUACUACGCUUACCAGCGAGCUGAUGCUGCGCGCGACCGACUGGCACCUCGUCCUGGCCCUGGUAUGUGGCGCCUUGAAUCACAUGCCCGAUCGACCGAGUUAGCGGCGGUGACCGCCUUUACUAGCCAGUCUACAACGACGCCCCUGUCUGCCUUUGUCAACACCGUUACCAAGGAAGUCGCCUACAUUGACUGGCUCGACGCCACGCACAAAAAGCACUGGACGAGCUGCAUCAAGCAAUGGAAGAGCUGCACGCGAAGUGGCUGCCCAAGCGCCAAAAAGCGACACCAAACUCGCGACCGCCAAGCCAAGGCCAAGGCUGUCAAGUUGCAGAAGUUCGCGAUCGGCGACUUUGUCCUCGUUGUCCGAAUGCCCCACCAAGGCAACAAGUUGUCCCUGCACUGGCACGGCCCAAGUAAGAUCGUCCGGGUCGUGACAGACUAUGUCAUGGAGACCCAGCGGUUGGUGCGGCUUUACGACUUGUCCCUCCACCACGCCCGCCGACUCAAGAUGUAUAGCGAAGGCGACUGCGAUGUGACCGAAGAUCUGGCCGACCAUAUUGCCUUUGGCAAUGAAGGGUUCCACGUCGCCAAGCUCGGCAACGUCGGCGAAGAAGGCGGCGAAUACCAAGCCCUAGUCUACUGGCUUGGUUUCGAUGAAGAAGAAGCCUCAUGGGACCCGUGCACUCCCACUAUGUACACAUUCCCAUCGUUUUCCACCGCUGGGUUCACCAACACGAAGACCAAGAACAAGUGA